GUCACAGCCGUUCGUGUACACUCGGUAAUUUCCGUCGAAACCAGCCGGCGUGUCACUCAACACCAAUGGAGGCACAAUUCACUCUUAGCAUAGUAUCCACUUCAUUGCCCGUAUAGGGCACAAGUAUGGAAAUCAACUUCUCCCUGAUAUGAGAUUUGAUUGAACACUUCAACUUACCCCGUCUUUCAAACACAAUUAGGACAUUUAGAAUACAAGGUUUCUUUUAAUGGCCAGUCAUGGAUGACGAUGACAGCCCAGAUGAGCUGAUAAAUCGCAGGCACAACAGCAAAAAAACUGUUGCACCGUGGGACAUUUCAGAUGACUCGGAUGACGCUGACGGGUCUGAUGAGGGAGAAUCUGACAGUGGUGAUGAAGAGGAAGAAGAAAAUGAUGGGGAAGGUGGAGGGGAAUACAAUGAAGAGGAAGAUGAUGAGGACGAGGAAGAAGAUGCUGACAAUGACGAUGGCGUUUUCGGCGAGACCUCAGCAGCCAUUGCAGCCAUGAGCUCAGACGAGGACGCUGAUAAAUGUCCCAUCUGCUUGAACUCCUUCAGCAGCCAGCCGGUGGCAACACCAGAGAACUGUCAGCACUACUUCUGUCUCGACUGCAUCCUCGCGUGGGCUAAGAAUGCAAACUCCUGCCCCGUGGACCGUAUUGCGUUUAAUAGCAUAUACCUGAGGAAAUGUUAUGGAGGCAAAGUGCAGAAAAUGAUUACAGUACAAAAACCUAAGAAGGAAGAUGAGGAGGUAAUAGUGGAUUUGGACUUGGAUCAGACCAACUGCGAGCUGUGUCAGGGCAGUGAUCGAGAGGACCGUCUUCUGCUCUGUGAUGGCUGCGACGCUGGCUACCACAUGGAAUGUCUCACACCACCUCUGGACACUGUUCCUGUUGAGGAAUGGUUCUGUCCUGAAUGUGUUGCCAACAACAAUAAUUCGGAACAAGAAAAUGGAACCCAUAGCCUCGCUUCCACUGCCCAUCCAACCACCAGUCGCACCCAGCCCCGAGCUGCCGGUCCCACAAGAGCAAUCGCCCGCACUCGGCACAGUGAACGCGUUCGGGCCAACGUGAAUCGACAUCGUAUCACACAGGCACGCACACCACAGCUUGCUCCCAGGGAUCUAAUACAGUCUACUUGGCUGGAUGAUACUAUCAAUGCAGUGGUGGCUGGGUUGAACACAGCUGUAUAUGUAAGGGACCUCACCCCUCGUGCUCCACCCAGACGCAAGCGCAAGACUGGAACACGCAGAAAGAAGGCAUCCUCUGCUAAGGGGAAAAAAGGUAAUUCACGAGUUAAGCGGAGACGUAAAGUUAGGAGGAGGACUAAAUCCAGAAAAACUCUGGUGGGGAAAAAGGUAGCCACCGCCCAUAGCCGCAUUGCCAGCAGUCUCGGUCUGUCGAAGGACAAGAAGAACUGUUCACUUCCUACAGUAUGUCGGCCGUCAGAGCACACGCUAAGCAGCAUGCGAGCUGACAUCGGAGCUGCAUCGCUUUCGAUCCACGGGGAUCCUUUUGACCUGGACCCCUUUGUAGAUUUUGAUGAAGAUGAGCACCAAGAAAGUGUCACGUCAUUGUUGGAGGCCAAGAGACGAGGGAUCUCUCAUUCUGCUUUUCGCUCUCAUCAGCCUGUUGCUCGACCUGUUGGUGCAAGCCUUUCAAGACGCGGUGUGGACGUUCCCCAAACUGGCGGUGUUGUGGAGGCAGCGCCAGUGCCUGACCUGUUGGGCAGCAUCCUGUCUGGGCAAAGCUUGCUCUUGAUGGACAGCUCUAAUGUCGUCAUCAAUCGUGAUGGUUCUCUGAAAGCCUCUGAAUCAACAAGGAUGUCUGCUCUGAAAACAGGUUUAAGAAGGAGCAGUAGCGCAGAAGAAUCCAUUGCCCAGGCUGAGAUUACACCCUUCCUUGAAGAACCUUUGUCCAAUCACCACAGCAGUGAUCCAGUUGGACCAUUUUACCAGAGUUCUUCUCGAGGACCCUCAUCUGUCAACCAUACAGAGCCUUCUCAACAUCGUGAUUUGCCCCUUAGAGGUCAUUUGCGUAUUCAGCAGCCUCGUACAAACAGACCUUCUCCAUCUUUUGGUGUUCAGAGAGUCGGUGAGGGCUCCAAGGAAGCUGCAUCCUCAUCCAGGCACCCUAACCAAGACUCCAAGAACAAAACACUUCUCCCACAAUCCCAACCUACAAAAGCUCCUACAAAGCCCAUGUGGGUUGAUGUGUCCAUCCUACCAAGGAUACCAAAAAUCAAGCGAGAAAGCAGCGAUGUAGCAAAGCAUCACAGUAGUAAUAUUGAACACAACGAUAAGUCUCCCACCAGGAAUAAUACUUCUGGCAUGCCUGAGACCGCUUUGAUUAGCUUUGCAGGGGACGAGAACAGGAAGCAUCAUGUUGUCCCACAGCAAAGCAGCACUGGUUCUCAGGCGCAAAGACAAGGAACUUCGCAAGCCUUCUCCAAUUCAUUCUCUUUUUCCUCCUCCACUGGAUCCCAAUUGUGUAAUUCAUCAGUAUCUUCCCCAUCUUCAUCAUCAGUAAGCUUCCGCAUCAACUCCAGCGGGAACUUGUGGCAUUCAAGGCGACUCAGCCUCCCAUCAUCAUUCACAAGUGGAAGCAGCGGCAAGAAUGACAUGAGAAAAAAGAGUGAUGAGACAAGAAAAAGACAGCUUCACAGAGAUAAAGAGAAGCUGUUGGCAUCACGCACAGCUGCAAGUAACAAUGAGGAGUCGAAUGAUAUUUAUGACCCCUUUAAUCCCACUGCGUCAGACUCAAGCAGCUCGGACAAUGAAGGUGAGCACUUGGGCAGCAGCUUCCACCAAUUAAACACACUUCCCAGCUCAGUGUUCAAUCAAGAUGUAGCGCAAAGUAAGCAGAAGUCGGUUGGAGUUAAAAUCCAAACCGAGGAAAAUGUAAUCUCACAGGAAAAAACUAGGAUUGCUAAUUUACAGACUUUACCAGAGGUGGCUAGCAGCUUUUCAGAAGUUGUUAAAGUAGAAAAAAACAAUGUGUUGGUCGAUUCAAAAACUGACAAUCGAGUAGCAUUGAGUGACAUCAUGGUAAAGAGAGAGCAAGGGCUUGCGGAUUCAGGUGAAGAUGCAAUUUCUGGACACGGUGUGAGAAAUGAUUCCAGUUCGGAGACACCAGACAUUUCUGUGCCUGUUCACCACAGCCUGGACAAUAUCAAGACAGAGGAGGAAGGUGGACAGAAGGCUGUUAGUCCAAACCCUAACAAAAAGACAGAUUAUUCAGGCUCGGGCUUACAUUCUGUCAAAAGGAAACCAAAGGAGGAAAUAAAAUCUGAUUCCAGGUGUUCACAAAGAGAUUUGGCCAGUGAAAAGAACCCCUCCACCCCAGUUCCAUCUAAACAGCAGUCCUUUAGUUCAAGCACUGCAGAGUCUGACGGAGGCAAGACUAAAGACCAUCAUGAAUCCAGCAAGGGUGACAGGCAGAAGAAAAUGGACAGAGACAGGGCUACGAGGCGGUCAAGGUCCCAAGAGAGGAGGAGGCGUUCUUUAUCAGAAAGUGCUGCGUCCAAUUCUCCUGAGAGGAUUCACAGAAAGAGAAAACAGAAGUCCAGGUCUGGUUCCAGCUCCAGCAGCAGAGAGCGCUCAAGAAGAAAGAAACUUAAACAAAGGAGCGACGAAAGAACGGACGAUAGCGAGAGUGGCCGAGAGAGAAGAAGAGUGUCGAAAGACAACAGACGUGGUCGAUCUCGAUCGAGAUCACGGUCCAGAGGUAGAUCGAAGGACCGGAGACGUUGGCGCUCACGCUCCAGAUCCAAGGAAAGCAGGAAAGAGCACACACAACCGCAACAUCGUAAGUUGGAGUCUCGAUCAAAAGACAAUCGGAGACCCAGAUCGAGAUCAAACUCAAGAGAGAGAAGGAAAGCAGAGGAUUUGUCCAAAACAAACACCUCGAAAUUCCGAAGGGUCAUGAAAAAGGAGAGCAAUGAUUCUCACGCUUCUGUAAAAGAGGAUAAGAUAGCACAUGUCAAAAAAGAUGUGUUGGAUUCUAACAUUGCAGCAAUAAAGAGUGACAGAGCAGACAGUACAUCCUCAUUUACAGAAGUCAAGACAGAAAUAAAAAAAGAAGGGCAGCAAUUCAUCGAUAUGUUUGAACAUUCUUCCAUCACUAAACACAUCAAGAAAGAAGAUACAACUUUGAACAUCUGUAACCAAAGCAUCAAAAAAGAGCCUGUUGACAUAGAGUUAUGUCAAACGAUUAAGACAGAAAGCGUCAAAAGAGAGCCUGUUGACAUAAAGUUAUGUCAAACGGUUAAGACAGAAAGUAUCAAAAAUAAGCCUAUUGACAUGAAGUUAUGCCAAACGAUUAAGACAGAUAGCGUCAAAAGAGAGCCUGUUGACAUAAAGUUAUGUGAAACGGUUAAGACAGAAAGUAUAAAAAAUAAGCCUGUUGACAUGAAGUUAUGCCAAACGAUUAAGACAGAAAGCGUCAAAAAAGAGCCUGUUGACAUAAAGUUAUGCCAAACCGUAAAAACAGAAGACAUUUGUGAAUCUACUAAAAUAAAAGUAGAGCCGACGUCGCUCGAAUUGCCUGUCACCUCACAUCACACAGCAGGCUCUCACCAGGAUUCACCGAACCACUCUCAUCUCGAUGUUAAGGCAAACACAGUUGGAUUUAAAGUCCCCAUCAAGCAGGCCCCUGAACCGGAUGAGGACGUCAUCGUGGAUGUUGAUCAUCACAACCUGGACUGUGUGAAGCCCGAGCACACCAAAGACAUUGGUCCCAUUGUCAAACAGGAAGACAACAGACAAGAAGAGAGGAUUGAGGCAGAACAGGUGCCGCCUCCAUUAGGAGCCAAAGCUAAGAUUCAAGGGAAGAGGGUGACCUGGAAUAUUCAAGAACCUGAUGGAUCACAACCAGACAAGUCUGCAAGCAAGCUGGCACGGUAUAAAUUAAAGCUGAAGCAGGAAGCGGCUCGGAGACCCUCGUCCACUAAACAGACCACCACUCAGGACACAAGUGAACCUGGCUCGGUCAGUGAUUCUUCCAAGAGCGAAGGUGCCUCUGAGGAGUAUUUGAAGAAGCUUCACAUGCAGGAGAGAGCCGUUGAAGAGGUGAAACUCGCAAUCAAACCUUUCUAUCAGAAGAGGGACAUCAACAAGGAAGAAUACAAAGAUAUUCUACGCAAAGCUGUGCAGAAGGUGUGCCACAGCAAGAGCAGGGAAAUUAACCCGGUGAAGGUGGCCGUUCUGGUCAAGGCGUAUGUGGACAAGUACAAACAGGCGAGGAAUCCCAAGAAAUCAGAGGCUGAGCCAAUGAAAACUGAUGAUUGACGACGCAUCAACAUUCAUUUUUUUACUGGACUGAAGUUUGCAGUAAGAUUCAUUUUCUUCAUCACACAGGUUUCUAUUUCUAUUCUCAGGACAUCGACUUGUGCACAACUGGAUUGUUAAGAUUGUGUUAGAAGACAUUUCACCUCGUUUUUGAACAUCAUAUCAUGCUCACAGACUUAAAUAGGACAGCUCUAGUCUGAGAGCCUGGUGAAGGAUCCAAAGUAUUUGUCCUCUACAAAAGGGGAUAUACUUGUAGGAAGUAAAUAUUCUGAAUACAAGAGGCGCCAUGCUUGGAGAGGAUAAUUACUGUACUUUGGAUCCGGCACCAGGUGAGCAUACGAGGAUGAAGCAGGCUAAAAUGAGAGAUGAAAUGUCUUCUAAGACAAACUGAAUAGUCCAGUUGUGAUUGAUUUACUGCCCUGAGAGAACAAUGACAUGUAUCAAUGGGAAUAUUCACACGUAUCUGUUUCUGUCUUUUACUGGGAUUCAAGUCAGUCUUUUUGCACUUCACAACAUAAUGGUGUUUUUUUUAAGGAUUAGGUGUCCGAUUCUCUGCACUGCGAAUAUGUCACAGGCAGAGUUAAAGCAGCUAAUUCAAUUAUGAAAAGUCUUUAUUAUGCUACAUUUGAAAAAAUCAAAUCAGUUCGACAUAGAUUGUAGAUAAUUUAGAUUCAAUUACAUGAAUAUUUCUCUCCGCAAAUGCUGCCUGCGGUAUGACUUGAAUUUAGUAAAGUUAUGAUUGUUUUGUAACAAAUGAAUCUGUGUGUAAUCAGUUUCUUCCGUCACUAAUUUGUAACCAUUCACAUCUAACACAAUGCUGGUAGUCUUCAGUCAUGAGCUUUCAAAUAAAUUAUUGAGUCAUUUUUCACAAAA